UGCAAAAAUAAAUGCUAAAAAUAUCAUGGUUCCUAAAGUCCCAAAGUCUCCACCUCUGCCAAACUGUACCUGUUAUUGAAAAUAUUUUAUAGGCCCAUGCAAAUAUGCACGAUCUUCUAGAUAGUUACUAAACUUGAGAUAGUGGAGAGUGUAUCAAUUUCUAACGAAACGAUGUCUUCAAAAAGCAAUGCAGUGGAAGAUCACCUCCAGAGUGCAGUCCACUUACCCAACUACUGGGAAAUUCUGAGUAAGGCUGGAAAAAGAAUUACAGACAACAAACUGAGAAGUGCCGGGAAACAAUACCUCACAGGUGGCAAGUCAAUCAUGUUGAGUGGUGGCUUACCAAAUCAAAAGCCAUUGCCUAUUAAAAAAAUUCAGUUUACGAUGAGCGAUGGGCACGAGAUCUCCCUCAGUGACAAAGAAGUUGCUCAUGCUAACAGUUACGGUCUCAGUGAAGGAAUAACAGAGCUACGUGAUUGGCUGUUGGGUCUGCACAAAUUAGAACACAAACCACCGCAACUGACGAGGAAAGAUCACCCUGAGCCAUUUGCUCUGACAAUCACUAAUGGGAUUACUGAUGGCAUCAGAACUUGUUUCCACAUUCUCCUUGAUGAAGGCGACUCGGUCUUAAUGGAAAGAGAGACUUACUCCAAUACUCUGACUUUGCUUCAACUUUUCGCAGCCAGUCCUGUUGCUGUGAAUACAGAUGAGGAUGGAAUAAAUGCUAAAGAUUUAGAGGCGAUUAUGAGUUCAUGGCCAGAGGUACAUCCGCAUUCCAAACGACCUCGUGUUAUGUACAUCACUCCGGCCUGCAGUAACCCAACUGGCUACACGUGGUCAGAGCAAAAUAUGGUAAAUGUGUACAAAGUGUGUAGAAAAUAUGACGUCAUCAUAAUUGAAGAUUCUGCAUAUUACUUUUUGCAAUUCGGAGAAAGGCAGCGGACUUUCCAGUCGAUUGAUGUGGAUGGCAGAGUCAUUCGAUUGGACACAUUCUCUAAGACCAUUGGAGCAGGGUAUCGUCUGGGAUGGAUCAGUGGUCCAUCAACAUUGACCGAUCGCUAUGUUUUAAGCAUGUCUCAGUAUACUGCUCAUCCUUGUGUGCUGUCUCAGAUAAUGAUCAAUCACAUACUGCAGUAUUGGGGCUAUGAGACUUUUAACAAACAAAUGAUCUACACCUCAGAAAUCUACCGGAAUAACGCUGAAAUUUUGGCCUCUGCACUUGACAAGUAUCUUACAGGCCUAGCGACCUGGAGUUUUCCAAGAGGAGGUAUGUUCAUGUGGCUUAAGAUCAAUGAUAUUGCAGACACCUCUGUGAUUAUGAGGGAGGCUUCUCAGGCUGGGGUAUCCCUGAUAUCUGGGGACUUCUUUGUACCUGAGUUUAAACCAACGUGCUACAUUAGAUUGUCUUUCUCUAUGGCUGACAUGGAGGAUAUUGAACAAGGCAUUAAAAUUUUUGCUGAUGUGAUAAAGGCAAAGAAGAAAGAGUGUCUUUGUAACGGCACACAAUAAUAAGCUAACAGAAAGUCUUGCUUAUCGCUGAAGCUCUGGUGAAAUCCUGCUGCACAACAUUUUUACUUUGAAUUUUGUUUCAAUUUCAACCACAAUUGUAAAAUGAGCAUUCAUCAGAUGAGAUAACUAAUAUUUUUAGCUUCUGUACAUUAAUUGAACGUUGUGUGAACAAAAUAUAAAUACCUAAAUAAACUGAGCACAAAUAAACUGAG